UCUGCGUAUCAUGGCGGGCCACGCCGCGCUACCGCACUCUUCCGCUGGGCCCCAGAAAGUUUCGCUUCUGCCCAGCAGUGGACCCACGAGCGCGUGCCACCAUGGAGUCUGACCUCUGCUGACCAGACCCGGGCAGGAGGUACACGGCCGAGAGAGGCGGCCUGCAGUCAGUCGCCAUGGCCUCCGCCACCGCGGAGAGCCAGCUACAGAGAAUCAUCCGUGAUCUGCAAGAUGCCGUGACGGAACUAAGCAAAGAAUUCAAGGAGGCAGGCGAGCCUAUCACGGAUGACAGCACCAGCUUACACAAGUUUUCUUACAAACUCGAGUAUCUCCUUCAAUUCGACCAGAAGGAGAAAGCUACCCUUCUGGGCAACAAGAAGGAUUACUGGGACUACUUCUGCGCCUGCCUGGCCAAGCUGAAAGGAGCCAGUGACGGGAUUCGCUUCGUCAAGUCCAUCCCGGAGCUCCGGACGUCUCUGGGGAGAGGAAGGGCGUUUAUUCGCUAUUCCCUGGUGCACCAGCGGCUGGCAGACACCUUACAGCAGUGCUUCAUGAACACCAAAGUGACCAGUGACUGGUACUACGCACGAAGCCCCUUUCUGAAACCAAAGCUGAGCUCCGACAUCGUGGGCCAGCUCUACGAGCUGACUGAGGUUCAGUUUGACCUGGCAUCCAGGGGCUACGACCUGGACGCUGCCUGGCCCACGUUUGCCAGGAGGACGCUGGCCCCUGGCUCUUCUGCUUUCCUGUGGAGACCCCCCAGCCGAAGCUCCAGCAUGAGCAGCUUGGUCAGCACCUACCUGCAGACUCAGGAGACGGCCUCCAGCUUUGACCUGAACAGCCCCUUGAACAACGAGGCUCUGGAGGGCUUCGACGAGAUGCGCCUGGAGCUGGACCAGCUGGAGGUGCGGGAGAAGCAGCUGCAGGAGCAGCUGCACCAGCUGGACCGAGAGAACCAGGAGCUGCGCGCGGCUGUCAGCCUGCAGGGAGAGCAGCUGCAGACGGAGAGGGAGCGGGGCCGCGCUGCGGCCGAGGACAACGCCCGCCUCGCUCGCCUGACGGCCGAGCUCCAGAAGCAGUGGGAGGCGGCCCAGGCCACGCGGGACGCCGUGGAGGAGCUCCACCAGUGCGUGCGGGCGCUGGAGCUGGGGGCCGCGGAGAAGCAGGAGGACUACCGCGCGGCCCUGCGGCGGCUGGAGUCCAUGCUGCGGCCCCUGGCCCGGGAGCUCGAGGCCGCACAGGACUCGACGGACCCGCAUUUAGCCAAAGUCCUGGACCAGCCGGGCGUGGCGGGGCCGAAGGCAGAUCCGGCACAGGACGCUCAGGGGCAGCGGGAGCCCCUCCCCGGGGACUCGGCCCUGGGGACCCAGGAGCUGGCGGAGAAGCUGCAGGCGCUGGAGACCGAGCGUGCGGAGGCCCAGGAGCUCGGCAGGCAGCAGUGCGCCCGGCUGGAGCGGCUGGCCGAGGAGCUGCGGCUGAAGGAGGAGGCCCGGGCCGGCCUGGAGCGCCAGCUGGCCGAGGUGGCCCCGCUCCGGGAGGCGCUGUCCGGGAAGGGGCAGGAGGCAGCCCAGCUGCGGCGACAGCUGCAUGAGUCCCUGGCCCAUCUGAGUUCCGUGGAGGAGGAGCUGGCGGAGGUGAGGCAGGAGGAGCGGCGGCUGCGGCAGGAGAAGGAGCUGCAGCAGCAGGAGGCCCGGGCGCUGGCCCGGCAGCUGCAGGCCCUGGAGGCCCAGCGGGCGCAGCUGGACCAGCACGUGCGCGACCUGGAGGAGCAGAAGCAGCAGCUCGCCCUCGACAGGGACCGCCUGAGCCAGAAAGUGGGGGAGCUGGAGCGGCUGGCUGGGCAGCCGGCCCCCAGGAGGCCCGAGGAGGGCGCGAGCAGCCCCCGGGAGGACCAGGCAGGUGAGCCCGAGAUGCCAGGGAGCCGCGGGGAGGAGAAGCCCCAGCAGGCCAACAGGGAGCUUGAGCAGGAGCUGCAGAAAGUGCUGGAGCGCAACCAGCUCCUCGAGGGCAAGCUGCAGGCCCUGCAGGCCGACUACGAGGCGCUGCAGCGGCGGGAGGCAGCCAUCCGGGGCUCCCUGGCCUCCCUGGAGUCUGAGCAGGCCAGCAUCCGGCACAUGGGAGACCAGAUGGAGGCGAGCCUGCUGGCCGUGCGGAAGGCCAAGGAGACCCUGAGGGCCCGUGUGGCGGAGAAGGAGGCCGAGUGCCAGCAGCUACAGGAGGCGGUGGGGCAGUGCCGGCAGCGAGCAGAGGCCCAGGAGAAGGAGCUCAAGGCCCUUGAGAGCCAAUGCCGCCGGCAGACCCAGCUGAUCGAGACCCUGACCGCAGAGAAAGGCCAGCAGGGCAUCCGCCCACUUGAAGGCGCAGCACCGCAGGAGCUGGGGACCCAGCCGGCCCCAGGUCAGGCCCAGCAGGGGGAGGCCGGGGCGCCCGACCUUCAGGCCAAGCUGCAGGCAGCCCUGGGGGACCGGGACAAGGUGCAGGGCCGGCUGAGCGAGGCUGAGGCCGCUCUGAGGGAGCACAAGGCCCUUGUGCAGCAGCUGCAGGAGCAGAACGAAGCCCUCCUGAGGGCCCAGGGUCGGGAGCCGGCGCGGGGCUCGGGGCAUGAAGCGGCACCGCGGGAGGACAGGGCCGCGGAGGUGCAGGCCGAGGCAGAGCACGGCUCCCAGAAAGCCCCGCCGGGACAGGCGGAGGCACGGGAGCAGCCGCCCGGGGCCGGCGCAGGCCCAGCCCAGCUCGAGGAGAAGAGGCCGGCGGAGGAGGCCCUGGCCCGCGCUGUCCAGGAGCUGCGGGACGCCAGAGAGGCGGCCUCAAGGGAGCGGGAGCGUCUGGAGCACCAAGUGGCCGGGCUGCAGCGCGACAAGGACAGCUUGCAGGAGAGGCUGAAGGUGGCCGAGGAGGCAGCCCACUCCCUACCCGGCCUGCAGGCCCAGCUGGCCCAGGCGGAGCAGCGGGCCCAGAGCCUCCAGGAGGCCGCGCACGAGGAGCUCAGCGCUCUCAAGUUCCAGCUGAGCACUGAAAUCAUGGAGCACCAGAGCAGCCUGAAGACUGCCAGUGAGGAGUGCGGGAGCCUCAGGGCCCAGCUUGAGGAGCGAGGCCGGCAGCUGCAGGCCGCCGAGGAGGCUGUGGCGAGGCUGAAGGCUGCCCAGGCAGAGCUGGGGGAGAAGCUGAGCUGCAGCAGCAAGCAUCUUGCAGAGUGCCAGGCCGCCCUGCGGAAGAAGGACGAGGAGGAGGCGGCCCUGCAUGAGAGCCUGGACAGGACCCAGAAGGAACUUGAAAAAGCCACGACAAAAAUCCAGGAGUAUUACAAUAGACUCUGCCAGGAGGUGACGAGCCGGGAGAAGAACGACCAGAAGAUGCUCGCGGACCUGGACGACCUGAAUAGAACCAAGCAGUACCUGGAGGAGCGGCUGAUCGAGCUGCUCAGGGACAAGGAUGCUCUCUGGCAGAAGUCCGAUGCCCUAGAAUUCCAGCAGAAGCUCAGUGCUGAGGAGAGGUGGCUCGGGGACGCGGAGGCGAGCCACUGUCACGACUGCAAGCGGGAGUUCAGCUGGAUGGUGCGGCGGCACCACUGCAGGGUCUGCGGCCGCAUCUUCUGUUACUACUGCUGCAACAACUAUGUCCUGACCAAGCACGGCGGCAAGAAGGAGCGCUGCUGCCGGGCCUGCUUCCGGAAGUUCAGCGACGGCCCCGGCUCCCCUGACAGCGCCAGCUCCGGCACCAGCCAGGGCGAGCCCAGCCCAGCGCUCUCGCCGGCCCGAGCUGGGCCCCAGGCCACCGGAGGACAAGGCGUAGACACUGACUGCAGGCUGCCAGAUGAUGCCGCGUUCGACAUCAUCACUGAUGAGGAGCUGUGCCAGAUCCAGGAGUCGGGCUCCUCUCUGCCUGAGACGCCCACCGAAACAGACUCCCUCGACCCGAACGUGCCCGAACAGGACACCAUGUCAAACCUGCUAACCCCCGAGGACACGGAAGGCAUGCCGUUGGGGCAGGAUGCUGAGAUCUGCUUGCUGAAGUCUGGGGAACUGAUGAUAAAAUUACCCCUGACGGUGGAGGAGAUCGCCAGCUUCGGGGAGAGCAACAGGGAGCUGUUCGUGAGGUCCAGCACCUACAGCGUCAUCCCCAUCACCGUGGCCGAGGCGGGCCUCACCAUCAGCUGGGUCUUCUCCUCCGACCCCAAGAGCAUCUCCUUCAGCGUCGUCUUCCGGGAGGCCGAGGACACACCGCUUGACCAGUGUAAGGUCCUCAUCCCCACGACACGGUGCAGCUCCCACAAGGAGAACAUCCAAGGCCAGCUCAAGGUCCGCACGCCGGGCAUCUACAUGCUCAUCUUCGACAACACCUUUUCCAGGUUUGUCUCCAAGAAAGUGUUUUAUCACUUGACGGUUGACAGGCCUGUGAUCUACGAUGGAAGUGAUUUCCCGUAGCCUCAAGCACCUGGAGUCCAGUAGUUUCACUUUAUCCGCAGGAAACACUACUGUCACUCACCUGUCACAUAAAGCACUAAAAAGAAAAGAAAAGAAAAAAAAAAAAAAGGCAGUGGCUCCGAAGCUAAGCGACCGCAGCUCUGGGAGACAGGUCCCCGGCCGCCCCUCAGAGCUGCUGUGCCCGGAGCACUGUGUACUCAGCACUACGCACCGUCACGCUCAGCCUCCAUGGCUUUGAAGGGCUCAAGCAGCACUUCCAGUGAUUAGGGACCCAACUGUCCUCACACCCACAGGGACACUCUGCCAAAGGUUCUAACCCUCAGGAGACCAUCGGCCUCUCCCGGAGCCACAGCUGGCUCCAGGCCUCCCGUGGACAGUUGCACAGGCCAGAGUCUCUGAUCCCAACUUGUGCCCCGUGGAGAGAAAGGCCCCACUCUGCCCAGCGGGAGGCCGGCGUCCUGGGUGACCACGGGUUGGGAUGUCCCGGCCAGACCCUGUGAGUCCUCAGGCCGUGAGGCCCUCGGUCCUCCCAGGAAAAGGAGGCCACAGGGCCAUGCUGAGAGUCAGGGCGCCUGGGGUCCCCCUAAAACUCCCUCCAGCCUCUUCCCAUCAUGCCUCUGUCCCUUCCUGCCCCAGUAAAAUUGGGGCUGCUCCAAACUCAACUGUUUUGGACAGGCCUUGAGCUGCACUUUCUUCCUGGCCCUUGUCUGCAAAGUUCUGUCCUCGCACAAGGCCCUUCACUCAGGCAGGCCCUCAGUAGUUCCAAACAGAGUCCUAAAAAUCAGAAGCCACCCCACUGAGGAUGCACCCUGUGGCACUGUCCCCACACGGGCGGCUGGAGCCCGAAGGCCAGCUAAGAGGCUAACACCGACAGCCUGACACAUGGCGCCUUGGACGCGCUGCUCAGCGGAUGGGCUGUCUUUGUAUAAACAAGAGCUUCCACCUCACCUUCAGGCGCACUUACUAAUGACCACAAUCAGGGUAAGAACCACUUUCAAACAUGGGGGCCUCCUUCACAAAGGUCUUUGGUAACCAGGGCGUGACAGGCGUCAUUCGUGAAUCUGCCGUGACUUCACUCCUUGGCCCCCACUUCCCACCCGCCUGCUCCCAGCACCCCGUUGGCCCACUCCCUAUGGCUCAGCCUCCACGUGACACCCAGGAGCCAUGCCCCCUUGGGGCUGAUGAAUCCUUUUCCUAGAAGGAGAUAACCUUCCUGCUGUCCGUGGCCCUUUUCUUCCCCACCACACAGAGCUCACCUGUGAUAGGCUCUCUGUGCCUGGGUCACAGAGGCCAGAGCCCCAGGUCAGGGCUCAGACACUUCUGCAGGUGAGCAGGGCAUCUGAUGAGGCGCCUGCUUCGGCCAGGGAUCUGAGGGAGAGCGCUGGGCCCGCCCAUCCCCCAGCGGGCCUGGUGACCAGGCAAGCCACGCCAGACAGAGGCCAACCAGGCCUGUUUGUCAGGUGAGAGCUUGAGCACAGGUCAGGGGCCCCGGGCCAGGCCCAGCACAGACCCCACAGCCACCAGCCAGCAGAGAAGACUUCGUGGUGCAGGGUAGGGAGAAGUAACCUCUGCGAUAGACUGAGAGCUGUCACUUACACAGGGGAUGUGGCUGCUUGCAGUCAGGUUAGACAGGGCAAGGGGGGUGGUGAACAGAACCUUCCAGAGACAUUAACCCAGAGAAAAGACAAACCUCUCGUGCUCUUUCCUUGGAGCAGCCGCCUGCAGCAGGAAGCUGUCAGGGGCCCGAGCGACUCCCAGGGGCCGAGGCCUUAACCAAGCUCAGCGCCAAGGCAAGAAGCAGCCAGGCCCCCAGAGACUCCUGAGCUUCAUGCCUGCCCUCCCUAGUGUGCCACACAGCCUGAGGACUGUUCCAGAGCAAACCACCCCGCCUGGGAGCCCUUCCUCUCCCCCGUUUCCCACAAGACCAAGACUCACAAUGGAGAACCCAGCACAGUCUGGGGCCUUGUUUUGAGUGCUUUCCCAGAAUGCUGCACAGGCUGGCCAGCCGAUGGUGUCCCCACCAUCCUAUGCAGCUAAUGACUCCUAUAUUUCCUAAGAAAGGCCUGGAACAUUCCAUCCAAGCCCCCUCAUGAACCUCUGUCAGUCAGCCCGGCAGGGGACCAACAACAGCUGAAAACUGCACUUGGCUCUUGUUUAUCCCACCCGGAGCCGCUCCUCCAGGAGGGCCCCCGGCGGUGUGCAGCCUCCUGCCCCCCGGAAUGCUGACCCUGACCGCAGCUGUUCAGAGGACCGCCCGACCCCCCGGUGGCCACGUCCUGGCUCCGUAGCCUAUUUAUUGUUUGUGCUGGACAGACUUUUCCUUCGCUACUUUGCCGCGUGAGCUCGAGUGUGCUGUGUGUUAUGCAACCAGAGAGAGCACAUUUCGGUGUGGCUUGUACGAAUAGCUUUAUUCUCACUUUAAACACACUCCCGACUUGUUCUGAGGUUUGGGGGUUGGUGUAGUUUUCAAAAACGCAGAUGACAAUGAAGGACAACCAUUGCAGGUGGUAGCCCCAGCCAGUAAACCCAAUUACACUAGAAAUCAUCAGGAGGAGACCUCCUUGAGAGCCCGGAUCACUAUGCAAAAUGAAACAAGAACCCAGCAGCAGCCCCUGGACAGCCGGCUCUCUGAAUAACAGUCACCCACCCUGUAGUACUCGUACCGCCUGCCUCGUUCACCUCUGUCUCAGAAGCCACUUCCCCGAGGACACAGCCUCUUGGGCAUACUCCCCCAUAGCAAGGAAGGGUGUGGGGAUGAAGCGUGGCCUCUGCAGAGCCCUUGUGGCUGGAGCCUGCUAGACUCCAGGUCACCUGGACCCCGAGCAGGCAAAGAAAUUCCCCAGAAGGAACUGGCAACUGAAACACCCCACCAGGUUCGAGAAGCAGAAAGGAAAAGCCACACACCAUACCUGGAAAAGAAAGAGAAUGGUCCUUCUGAAUUUCUCCAGUUAUCCCCUCACCUAAGGUGGGGAAGCCCCUUCUAGACUCCAAGGAAAGGAAGUCCCCAUUUGGGAGUGAGAUCUCAAGAGUUCUGUGUUUUACAUGACACUGGUUAGAGUCCACUGAGUUUCAAGAUUUUUUUAGGAGUUUCAUUUUUAAGGUCCACCUUGGUAACCACCCGUGAGAAUCCCAUCCUUGGCUCAGAGGUGUUGAGAGUUGAGGCAGAGAGAAGCCAUCGGUGAUUCUGAGAACCAGGAGUCACCGUGCGGAAGUGAGCCCCUAAGCCACGUUGACAAAACACUUACCCUGAAAGGCACUUUUUAGUGGAGACUUGGGUAAGGGUUUUUUUCGUUGUGUUGUGAUUCUUCCAAGAAAUGGGAAAGACAGAGUUAAUCAUACCUCUUCCUCGUAAUGGCUUUUGAAAAACUAGUAAAGUCUCUAAAUUUCAGGAGAUGGCGCUGAUACGUAGGUUUCCGGAACCUUAGGACAAGUGUUACCCAGAGACACCCCUGCCUCUGGGGGCUGCAGAGUGACGUCAGCCUUGGCUGGGUGGCUUCCAAAUCUGAAUUGCACUUUAAUUGACUAAUCCUCCAUUCUUGAGGCCUUACAGGAUAGUGGGUCUGGGAGCCCAUUGCGUUCCCACCUGCCAAAGAACUACCCAGAAGCACAUCAAAUCACCAGCGCCCCACCUGCACAGUGGGGGGGGGGGGGUGAGAAACUUUUGUAUCCCACAACAUGCACCUUUAUAGCAUCUGCGGCACCAUUUGGAUCUGUUGUAUUUCUAACCUCAGGAUUUAAAUAAAGCAAGCACUAUGACA